AUGGUUCAUUUUAGGACAGAUAUUGGGGCGACGAACGAGGCGGCGGACCCAAAUAAUGAAAAUUAUGCAAAGGAGCUCGAGACCGACGUGCUGAUUGUAGGUGCUGGGUUUGGUGGCAUCUACAUGAUGCAUAAGCUUCGUCAGCAGGGUCUCAAAUGCAAGAUCAUGGAGGCUGGUUCCAAUAUUGGUGGUAUCUGGCACUGGAAUUGUUAUCCAGGUGCACGGGUUGAUUCGCAGGUGCCUGUAUAUGAGUAUAGUAUGCCUGAAGUUUGGCAGGACUGGAAUUGGUCAUGCAGAUAUCCUGGGGCGGGGGAGCUUCAGAAAUACUUUGAUCACGUGGAGAAGAAACUGGAAAUCAAGAAGGAUUGUGCCUUCAACACCAGAGUUGUCAGCGCGCAAUAUGACAAGCGAUCCUCGAGAUGGAUCGUAAAGACAGAAGAUGGCAGGACGGCGCGUUGCAAGUACUUCCUCUUGGCCAUCGGGUUCGCAGCAAAGAGACAUUUCCCCGACUGGCCGGGCAUGGAAAAGUUUGCAGGAGAGAUUCACCACUCCAGUUUCUGGCCCGAAUCCGGAGUAGAUGUAAAGGGCAAACGCGUUGCGGUCAUCGGUGCUGGCUCCACUGGUGUUCAGAUCGCCCAAGAAACUGCAAAGGAGGCAGCUAGUGUAACGCAAUUCGUCCGGACACCGAACCUGUGUCUGCCUAUGCAGCAAAAAUCAUUGACAAAGGAAGAACAAGACAAGAGAAAGCAGGGCGAAUACCAGGAAAUCUUCAAGAGACGAUUGAACACGUUCGCCGGCUUCGCAUACGACUACAUCGAGAAGAACACAUUCGACGACUCACCGGAGGAGCGCGAGGCAUUCUACGAGAAGAUGUGGGAGAAUGGUGGUUUCGAGUUCUGGCUGGCGAACUACAAAGACUUGUUAUUCGACAACAAGGCUAAUCGUGAAGCGUACAACUUCUGGGCGAAGAAGACCCGGGCCCGGAUAACAGAUCCGGAGAAACGUGAAAUCCUUGCGCCCCUGGAGCCGCCACACGCAUUCGGUACCAAGCGGCCAAGUCUGGAGCAGAACUAUUACGAGAUGCUCGAUAGACCGGAAAACAAGGUUAUUGAUGUGAAGAAGACGCCAAUUAAGGAGUUCAACGAAAAGGGUAUUGUGCUGUCUGAUGGCACACUCCACGAAUUCGACGUCAUUGCUCUUGCAACCGGCUUCGACUCGGUGACGGGAGGAAUAAAGAACAUGGGAUUGAAGGACGUCGACGGUGUUGAGCUUGCAGAGAAGUGGAAAAACGGCACCUAUUCAUACCUCGGCAUGACCUUGAGUGGAUUCCCCAACUGCUUCUUCAUGUAUGGCGCUCAAGGCCCGACGGCGUUUUCCAAUGGACCGACAUGUGUUGAGGUACAGGGAGAUUGGAUUGUCGACGCCAUAGUCAAAUUACGAGAUGAAGGAAUUACCUACUGUGACCCCACACAUGAAGCCGAGCAACAAUGGCGCGAGAAGAUUGUGGAGUUGAGCGACAAGACGUUAUUUCCACAGACGGAUAGCUGGUAUAUGGGUGCUAAUGUGCCGGGCAAGCUUCGAGAGCAGCUGAACUUUGCCGGGGGAUUCCCGCUGUAUAGGCAGAUGACGCGCAGCGCGCUAGAGAAUGGGUUUGAGGGAUUCAUCACGGCGUGA